UCAGAGUAAGCAUGGCUGUAGCGUUCCAUAGCCGGUGCGGCGAUAGAGUGACGCUGAUAAAUAGUAAUAGAACAGCAGUCAGAAACUUUUCAGAGUUUAAUAACGGGUUGGUGCUGAGCAGUCAGCCUCUUGCAGACAAUCAGCUUUUUCAAGUUCGCAUUGAUAAGAAGAUAAACUCUUGGAGCGGAAGUAUCGAAAUUGGUGUAACAUGCUUGAACCCCGAGACAAUGGAAUUCCCAUCUACUGCGUCGGAGCUUCGAGGAGGAUCUUGGAUUCUAUCAGGGACUUCAGUGCUCAAAGACGGCCAGUCUAUCGUGGAGGUGUAUGGCGAAGACUUGGAGAAGCUGUCUGAAGGUGACUGCGUCGGGGUUAUGCGUACCUCAGAGGGUGAGCUGGUGUUCUACGUGAACGAGGAGUCUCAGGGGGUGGCCGCGAGGGACGUUCCGAGCGGCGUCUAUGGCUUUGUCGACAUGUACGGGAAGUGUGCGCAGGUGACAGUCAUCGAUGACGACGACGAGACCCGUGGAGACUCUGACGACAGAUCCGACUUCGACGUCGAGCUGAGUGCGAGUUGCGGAACGUACGAGCCGGCCGACGGGCAGCAGCAGCCGGCACUGGUGACGGACCUCGUCGUCAACAUGAACGUCGCCAACACUCGGCGCGAUGUCAUCGCGUUCGAAGAGGAGUCGCCGCCGGCGUCCGUAGUCGCCGCAGAGGACGUGGAAGUGUCGCCCCCUCCGGACAGGUUGAGGUUCCACGAGCGCUGCGGCAGCCUGGUGCGCAUCUCCUGCGGCGGUCGCAGCGCGGAGAGGAGGCGGCCGCUCGACGAGUUCAACAACGGCGUCGUCAUGACGCACCGCCCCCUGCACGACGACGAGCUGUUCGAGAUCCGCAUCGACCGGCUCGUGGACAAGUGGUCCGGCAGCAUCGAGGUGGGCGUGACGACGCACGACCCGGCCGCCCUGGCGUUCCCCGCCACCAUGACGAACCUGCGCACGGGCACCACCAUGAUGUCCGGCAGCGGGAUCCUCACCAACGGGAAGGGCACGCGCCGCGAGUACGGCGAGUUCAACCUGGACGAGCUGUGGGAGGGCGACCGCAUCGGCAUGGUGCGCAAGGCGAACGGCAACCUGCACUACUUCAUCAACGGGCUGGACCAGGGCGUGGCCGCCAGCAAGGUGCCGUCCCGCGUCUGGGGCGUCGUCGACCUCUACGGGAUGACUGUCAAGGUUUCCAUCGUGGACAGAGACGAGCGGGAGGAGCAGAACCUGAUCACGCGAAGGAACACGACGCAGCGGUCGCAGGCUGCGCUGCACAGCCUCAACGAUCUGCCCGAGGAGGACAACGUGGACCGGCUCAUGUUCCACCCGAACUGCGGCACGCACGCCGCCGUCAUCAACAACCACAGGACGGCGCACAGGCCGCAUGCGAUGGACGACUUCAACAAUGGCGUAGUGCUGACGAACCGGCCGCUGCGGCCGGGAGAGCUGUUCGAGGUGCGGCUUGACAAGAUGGUGACCAAGUGGGCCGGCUCCAUCGAGAUCGGCGUAACGAUGCACAGCCCCGCCGAGCUGGAGUUCCCCUCCACGAUGACCAACGUGAGGUCCGGGACGUGGAUGAUGACGGGGAACGGAGUGAUGCACAACGGCUCGACCGUCAUCCACGAGUACGGCCAGAACCUGGACCGGCUGCAGGUGGGCGACCGCGUGGGCGUGAUGCGCACGGAGGAGGGCACGCUGCACUUCUUCGUGAACGGCGUGGACCAGGGGAGUGCGGGGGCGGGCGUGCCGGAGCAGGUGUACGGCGUGAUCGACCUGUACGGGCAGGCGGUGCAGGCGACCAUCGUCGACCCCGCCCUGGAGCACAUGUGCCGCUCCGCCUCGGACACCACCUUCAGCACCACCAACCGCACCGACGCCGCCGCGGCCGGCGACGGAGAUGGCACCGCCUCCUACAGUGACCUGCGCUUCCGGCACUCGCACGGCAAGAAGGCGCGGCUCUCCAACGGCGGCACGACAGCGUCGCGGCCCCGCGCGUUCGGGGAGUUCAACGACGCCAUCUUGGUGAGCAACCGGCCGCUGAGGGACGACGAGAUCUUCGAGGUGGUCGUGGAGAAGACUGUGGACUGCUGGCUCGGUUCUAUAGAAGCCGGGGUAACGUCCGUACGGCCAGACGAGCUGGAGCUACCGUGCACGAUGACGGACCUGGAGCACGGGACGUGGAUGCUGUCCGGCAGCAACGUCAUGGUGGACGGCGUCGUGCUGCGCAAGGACUACCCCUGCGACCUGGAUGAGGUGGUCGUCGGCAACAGAGUGGGUAUGGCGCGGCACUCGGACGGCACGCUGCACUUCUACCUGGACGGGGUGGACCGCGGGGCGGCGUGCGGCGGCGUGCCCCCGGGCGUGUACGCCGUCAUCGACCUGUACGGCCAGUGCGCCCAGGUGUCCAUCGUGCAGCCCGAGCGGCCGGCGGGGGCCGCGGCGGGGGCCGCUCCCGGGAGGCUCGCGCUGCCCGACCGCCCCCACCAGCUGACAACGGAGACGACUCCGACGACCGUGGGCGGCGGCAACGCGAGCGAGACGCUGGGCCCGAGCAGCCAGACGGCGGUGCCCGCCGACUCCUGCCACAGGUUUGGUGCCGUCAGCGGGAAGAACGUGGUACUGCGGUCCGGCGGCACAGUCGCCACCCGACUGCGUGGCUACUCGCACGCCCUGGUGUUUUCUUCCGACCCCCUUGAACCCGACGAAACAUUCGAGAUCUGCUUGCGCGAGCUGGCCCCCCACUGGUCGGGCACCGUGCGGCUGGGUGUGACGACGCUGCUACCCACGAUGUCCGCAUCCGGCUCCGGCUCCGGAUCUGGAUCCGGUGGUCCCGGCUGCCCGCCUGUCGCCGCCCUGCCGGCGGUCAGCGCCGACACUUGGUACCUCAUACGCAACGAGGUGCAGAAGAACGGGCGCACGCUGCAGCACUGCUACUGCCCCAGCCUCGAGUGGCUGACGGUUGGCGACCGCGUGGGAGUCCGGCGCGCUGCCGACGGGGCCCUCAGCUUCUCGCUCAACGGCGAGGACGUGGGCGUCGCCGUGCCGUACGUGCCGAAGAAAGUCUAUGCGGUGGUGGACCUGUACGGCAAGGCGGUGUCGGUGGCUGUGACGAGCGUGGGCGGGCGCGCGGGUGCGGUCCCCACCUCGCCCGGCCCGGUCGGUGUGCCGCCCCUCGCCGCCGGCAGCGGCGGGCCGGACGACAGCCUGCGCUCCAGCCGGCUGCACGACUCGCUCGAGAUCCUGCUGGACACCGCCGAGCCGGCGCAGCCCGCGGCCGACAGGGCUCCACUUGAACCGACGGGGUCGGAAGGCGACACCUGCGAAGACGUCCCGGUCGUCAGGGAAGCCGCGGCGGACGACGGCGCUGCGGAGCUGGCAGUGGGCGCCGCACCGCCAGAGGACCGCUCGGAGAGGACGAAGGGCUCCGGCGGCGUGUCAUCGUCCGACAAGGGCCAGCUGUCUUCCCGACAGGGCCAGUCGGACGCCGAGGCGGAGAGCCUGAUGUCUUUCUGGAGCGAGCGCUUCGGUCGCAACAUCGAGCUGGGGCCCGGCGGGCGGACGGCACGCCGCACGGCGUCCUAUAACCAGGGGCUCGUCGUGUCGGACCGCCAGCUGCCGCGGGACCACGUCUUCCAGGUCCGCAUCGAGGCGACGGACCCGCGCUGGGUGUCGUCGCUGCUGGUCGGGGUGACGGCGGCGCUGCAGCCUCCGCCUCCGCCUUCGCCCACGUCGACUCCUGCCGCUGGGCCGCCUCCGGGUCCCGUGCCGGGCCCUUCGUCCGCCCCCACGCCGCCGCCCCUGCCGCCUCGGCCCGCCGCACCGCAGCGCUCGACGCACUUGCCCGUCACCGCCCUCGGCCUCGGCAAGGACACGUGGGUCAUCUGCGGCGACUUCGUGCUCAGGAACGGCAUCCCGAUCCGAGGGCAGUACGGCCCCAACUUGGACUCGCUGGGAGUGGGGGACGUGGUGGGCGUGUCGGUGGACGCGGCCGGCCGGCUGCACUUGUGGGUGAACGGAGCGGACCAGGGGGUCGCCGCUCAGGACCUGCCCGCGCACCUGCACGCCCUCGUCGACGUGUACGGCCAGUGCCAGCAGGUCCGCGUCGUCGGCGGUCCGGGCGAGAGCGCCACGCCCGACGAGGCUCCUGCCUUGCCGCUCGGCACGGAGGAGGACGACGGCGCGGAGGCGGUGGCGGCGGCCGAGCAGGCGGGGGUGGGCCCGCCCGCGGCGUGCCAGGCGGCCCAGGUGGCGCCCGCGGCCUACGUCGCGGAGGUGGACGACGCGGAAGACCGGGACGGCCUCAGCGAGAAGGCGGACCUGGAGUGCGACGAGAAGGAGAAGGUGGAGGCACAGGCAGAGGCGAAGCGUGGGGCCGGCACUCAGCGGGACGAGGAGCUCUUCGCGAGCGGCAGAGACCCGCCGGCGUCACUGUCGAACGCGCGGGCCCCGGCGUCUCCGCCGCGCUCGCUGCCCGCCACCCUGUCGGACAACGACGUGGCCAACGGGCAGCUGAAACAGCAGCAACAGCAGCAGCAGCAGCUGCACGGUUCGGCGCCGGUCAUCACGCCGACGGCCGUGGCGAAGAAGUCGGCGCCGCCGUCGCCCGUCAGCGACAACUCUGUCAGCCAGCAGCAGCAGCAGCAGCAGCACGGCAAAAUCGUCACACAGGUGUCCGGAGGGACCGCCUCGCGGCGCGCUACGCCGGCCUCGACCCCGGGCGGCGGCGGGCUGGACAGCUGGGCGGCGGGCACGCCCCCCGCCGGCACCCCGGCUGCGUCCGCGGCCGCCCCCGCAUCCGCCAGCUGCCCGUCCUCCGGAGGCGGCCGACUCUGCGCGUCCGCGACCGCACCGCCGGCCGCCCCGGCCGCACCCGCCAGGAAGUGUGACUACCACACGGUGUGCGCGCGCUUCCGCAGCUUCCUCGGCUUACCAGACGGCUUCUUCCUGCCGGGCGACGCGGGCUCCUGCUUCUGCGAGCAGUGCGUGCGCCGACUGCGGCCGCCCUCGCCGCCGCCCGGCCUGACCGUCCGCCGCAAGUCUUGCGUGGCGGCGGCGCCCGCGGCAGCGUCCGCUGCGGGGACGCCGACUGGGGCGUCCGACCCGGCCAUUCCCGCCGCACCAUCAGUGGUGGGGACCGGCACUGUGGACACCGGCUCGGGGCCGGCGGUUGCGGACGUGGCCGCCUUGCAGUCUGCCGAGAUACUGCUGCAGAUAGCUGGCUGGUGCAGGUUCCCCCUGAAGAGGCGGCCGAAGCCGUCUCCCCAGGAGGGCGGCGACAGCGCGGGCGCGCCGCCGCAGCCGUGCGCGGGUUGGCACGUCGCCUUCUGGGGCGCGCGCCUCGGCGACGUGCGGCAGGUGCUGGACCGCGGCGAGCUGCUGCUGCCAGGUGAGCUGGGCCUGCAGCGGAUGCGGGACAAGUCGGACUCAGAGGGCUCGCAGCUGGUCUUCUCUCCGGACAUCCGGCACGCCGUCAGCAAGACGUUGCCCUGCCGCAAGAAGUCAGAAUUCCUGGACCCCAAGACGCGGCAGCGGUACCGUGCGUGGGCGGCGUUCCAGGUGCUGGUGCAGCCAGGGACGUACAAGGUGUCGGCUGCGCGGGCGCCAGCCCAGGCGGAGGCGGAGGAGUGGGUGACCAAGGAGCGCGGCACGACCGUGCUGUCGGCGCUGCUGCUGCGGCUGCGCCCGGCCGACGACGACGCGGCGCCCGCCACGUCAGCCGAAUGCCGCGGCUGAGCCGGGCCGUACUGCGCUCCGCUCUCCCGCUCUCGCCGGUUUACGCUUUCUCGUUUCUGUCUUACCACGCCAGUAUUUGCAGACGCCGCCCCUCCCGACAGGGCACGCCGACCGUGCCGUCGCGCGAGGCUAGACGUGUGGCGGGGACGGGGGCGGCGUUUAGCUUCCGGCCUAACUGCAGUUGCUGCGCUCGCCUGUACGAGCACGCCGAGCGCUCCGCCUGGAGGUGUGUCUGGUGACUGGGAAGACCGGACAGCUGAAAUACGUACCUCGAUGCCUCGAUACGGACUCGAACUAAUGAAGAGUGAGGUAUGACGAUCCACCCCCGCCCGAUUCUCUCCCACUGAACUGUGCACGUGGAAAUGUUUCCUCGUCAUUCGAUAUACGUCCAUAAGGGUCUCUUAUAAUUUUGUUUUCGUGUGCCUCUUUACAGAUUUACGAUAAGAGACAUUAUUUAAAACAUAACGCAGUUUACUAAAAUGUAGACUUUCACGGCCGGAAAUAUCGUGUCCAUUAUAAUUAUCCAGGCUGUUAAGCUGUGGUCGGUUGACGAAUUCUGUGUCAGUUCCCAACGUUUCGUCUCCGACUGCAGGAGACGUCUUCGAGGGGAUCCGUAGCUCGCUACUGACUGAGCCGGUGGGUGUGUCGGAGCUUCCGUCGAGCUACGGACCCCCUCGAAGACGUCUCCUGCAGUCGGAGACGAAACGUUGGGAAUUGGCACAGAAUUCGUCAACCGACCAGGGCAUAACAGCCCGGAUAAUUACAAUGGACAUGAUAACACACUUAAUGAACAGCUAGAAGGCUUGAGGGGUCUAUAUGAAUGGGAAGACUGACUACACUUUUCUAAAAGGUGAGAAAUGUAUGACUUAGUGUGUUAGAACAGAAGUGGAAGGUAUAUGCCCUCUAUGAGUUUAGAGAGAGAUACAAGCACACCAGCCUAAAGAAAAAAAGGUGUGCAUGAGUGUGGCCUGCAACCCCCCCCCCCCCCCUUCCUCACGCGCACACACACACACACACACACACACACACACACACACACCUAUGUACACACUUUAAAUUUUUACACGUAUUACAGUAAGACAGAGAGAGAGAGAGAGAGAGAGAGAGAGAGAGAGAGAGAGAGAGAGAGAGAGAAUGCAUAGCAAUAUCUGCCUGAAGGACUUGUUAAAUUGCAUUUUACUUCGUCACCCAGAAGUUCUCAUUAAAAACAAAGAAUCUUGUAUAAAAGAUGACGGUAAUUAGCCAGUUUGAGGUGUCCCUAAUGUAUUGGAAGACAGGGUGUAUUAUUCAGUAGUUGACAGUAUUACAAAACGGACAGAUUGCUAAAUCAAAUAGAUUCUCAUUUUGAUACUUUCAUUUAUUACGUAGACACGUGUAAUUGUGUUCUCCCGAGAGCUGAGACUAGUCUCUCACUAACAGUCGACGGCUUUCAGUUCCUACGCUUAAUACUCGUGUAAAAUUAUAGACGGCAUUUUGUAACUGGAGCAAAGCAGCGAUCGGAGUAACAGUCUAAAAGUCGAGUAGAGAGAAUCUCGAUCACGUUUUCAGAUUUUUAUUCACCAGCAACUAGUUUCGGCCAUUUCCUCGGACCGCAUUCGGGCUUUUCUCCACCGUAACGGGUGCCGGUGGCGGCAGACAGAGAGAGAUCCGUAAAAGUGAGGAUCUCGCCGUAGUCCGGCCGGUUGGAAAAAUUAGGCACCGGACAUCGAUAAGAAGUCAUUCGUAGAGGGCAACUUACUGCAGAGGUACGGGUGCCGAUAACUGAAGUUCCGACCGCGGUCCUACGGCUUGUGCCCCGUCUGUUCUCCCACACUGUUCUACGAUUCUGUUCCGUCCGAAAUAUUCUAUUAAAAUGAAGGGAUUUUAAUAUGUGAACAAUUUUGUACAAUACAAUUAUCGUAUUUCACUUUAAAUUCAAGUAAUACGUGCCCGCCGAUGGAAAUUACAUUCGUUACGUAACGGCCCACCCUUGUACUUUCUUGUACAAAGUACAGUUCUGAACUUCAAAAUAGUCACUUCGCUCACACACGUACGUAUUCCACUCCCUUUUCACUUUUACGUACGAUCGCGAGAAGCGUACGCAUUAGGGUUCCGUCCCAUAAGUGCGUGUGCUCCGGCUCGACCGACUCGCCCGUCGGCACCGACGGUCCCCGGGUGCCGGUGUCUCCCUCCCUGCAAUCACUUUCGGUGCCACGUACACUGAAACUGGCCGCCGUACGACUGCAAAAUGUAAACUGGCGAAGUGCUCCUUUUUUAUUACAAUUUACCUGCCUACGUGGCCGACGUCACCGACGCGCAGUCGUACGGCGGUUCUCGACUCGGGGUCAGCCGGUCCGUAUUUUGGUGCCAGAAAAAGUUUUCGGCGGCACUAUUUUACCGGCGAAGGGAGGAGACAUGGCGGUGUGACAUUUCCAAUCGCCAAACUCUGCACCUGUGUCCCAGUUUAAAUACCGAACCUGUGCACAGUGUCUCGAGAAGUGACGGGGAUGUCGAAUUCGGUGGCCUCUUCCGUUCUGUUAGGGAGGAGCGGGAGGUGUGCUGGCAACAGCCUUCACCCUCUCCCUCCUCGCGUCGUGCAGCAUAAACACAGCAAAACACACACAGUAUUACAAAUAUUGUGGUGGAGCGUGUUGUAAAUAAAUAAACAAAAGAAGAAAAACCAUUAACAGUUCCACUGUGAUGCAGCAGAGGAGUGUAAGGGUACACUCAAUCUGUCCAGUAUAGGACCAACAUCUCUACUCUUAACAUCGUCGACAGGUGCAGACAAAAGAGAGCUUUCAGAGUUAGAGCACUGCAUGCCGCCUCCCUUUUCCCUCCCUCCCUCCCUCCCUCCCUCUCUCUCUCUCUCUCUCUCUCUCUCUCUCUCUCUCUCUCUCUCUCUCUCUCUCUCUAUCUCUCUCUCUCUCAUCCAAACGCACACACACAACACAAAAACCAACCUGUGCCCCUACAUUCUGCUGGCUGGACACACAGUGCCGGGAUUGCACUUCAGCUGGUGGGGUGGCGGUUAUGUCGACGAGAGUGAGUAAGAAGAAAAGAGAAAGGGCGGAGGGGAGGGACGUAGGUAGGUAGCA